AUGGAGUCCAGGCUAGAAGACUAUGAUAUAAGCCCAGUCACUGGGUUUCUCCCUUCAACACCGCCUUUACAACGGUUACCCAGCUAUUAUGAGCCUUGGGAGGUACUACUCGAUAAUUUUCACGAUUUAAUGUUAGCAGGGCGUUUGAGAUCCUCGAUAAACAAG